AUGGAGGAGGUAGCUGACAUAGUGGAGAAGCCGCCUGAAGUAAAAAAAUACGACGAAAUCAAGCGGAAACUCAUCAUCAGGUUCAGUGAGUCACCAGAAAAUCUGCUAAGUAGGGCUCUAUCGGAGUUAGAACUGGGCGAUCUGAAGCCGUCUAGCCUGUGGCGUCAGAUGCGGAGUAUGGUCGAUGGUCAGCUUAGCGACGAUACGCUAAAAACGUUCUGGCUAAAAAAGCUGCCAAGCAGAGCGCGUGAAAUCCUAACGGUAGCGACCAACAUCGACGUAGACGCCCUGACCGAAAUGGCUGACAAGAUCAUGCGCGUGAACGAUUCACACGUGGCCGCCAUCAGUUCGUCCGAGUCUAAUGAAAACCGGUUCGAACGAGAGCUUGCGGUCAUCAACAAGAAAUUCGAGCAACUAACGGCUGAACUACGAAACAACCGACAGAGACAACGAUCUCGAUCUCGCUCUACGGGACGGCGACGAACAACCAGCACAUCGUUGCCAUCGUCACCCGGCGCCAACGAUAUUUGCUACUAUCAUCGCCGCUUUGGCAACUGCGCAAGGAAUUGUCGUGCGCCAUGCACCUUUCGCCAACCGGAAAACUAA